AUGAGACGUCUCAAGCUAGAGUUUGCUGUUGGUGAAAAGGUCUUCUUAAAAGUGUUGCCAAUGAAGGGAGUGAUGCGGUUUGGUAGAAAGGGUAAGAUUAGGCUUUGUUUUAUUGACCCUUACGAAAUUGUUAGGAGAAUUCGGAAGGUGGCUUAUGAGUUGAAGUUGCCGCCUAAGAUGGCAAUGGUGCAUCAUAUGUUUCACAUUUCAAUGUUGAGGUUGUAUAAACCUGUUCCUUCUCAUGUCUUGACUCAUAAAGAGAUCAAAAUCAACAAAGGGUUGUCUUAUGAAGAGAAACCAGUUCGGAUCUUAGAUCGACAAGUUAGAAGGUUGAGAAUGAAAGCUAUGGCUUCAGUGAAAGUUUUGUGGCGAAAUAAUAAUACUGAAGAAGCAACUUGGGAGGUAGAGGAGGACAUGGAGAAGAGAUACCUCACCUAUUAUCUAUUACACGUAUGUGUUAAACCUUUCGGUUAUUGGGUCCUCAUAACGUGUUGGUUAGAAGUGUGA